AUGUUCGGACAAGCGUCACGUGACCGGAUUCAGAGGCGACCCUUCUCCCUGUUUCAAGGCUGCAGCGGCCGUCCGCGGGAGGAGGAGGAGGAGGAGGAGGAGGAGGAGGAGGAGGAGGAGGAAGAGUGUGUUUACACAGACGGCAAACCGCCUGGGGAAUCGUCGGGGAGAGGAAGUCAGCCGGCUCUGUGUCUGCGCGCUCCAACUUCCUGCUCAGAAAAAGAAAAAGCACAGGAUCCUAUUUCAGUCCAGCAGAACUGUGUAGACUCUACUCCGGCCAGCGCAGACAUGGACAGUGCCAUUACUCUGUGGCAGUUCCUGCUGCAGCUAUUGCUGGACCAGAGUCACAAACACUUGAUCUGCUGGACAUCCACGGACGGAGAGUUCAAGCUCCUGAAGUCUGAGGAGGUGGCCAAACUGUGGGGUCUUCGCAAAAACAAGACUAACAUGAAUUACGACAAGCUGAGCCGAGCCCUGCGCUACUACUACGACAAGAACAUCAUCAAGAAGGUGAUUGGACAGAAGUUUGUGUACAAGUUUGUGUCUUUCCCGGAGAUCUUGAAGAUGGACCCUCAAUCAAUGGAGAUGGGAAGAGGCCCGCUGCAGGAAGCUGAGGCCACAGAGCUGAAGAUGGAAGAUGAGGAGGAAGAGGAGGAGGAAGAGGUGCGGAGGGAGGCCUUGGGUGUUCUGGGACAGCAGCACUGUCGCACUGACUACCUGCACUCAGGCCUGUACUCCUCCUUCAGCCUCAGCUCUCUGCAUAAGCUCAGGGAGAGACAAGACGAGCCACGCUCUGUCAUCCGCUUUGGAAACAAUGACAGGAGCCCUCCUCCUUCUAUUAAAGCCGAGUCCUACGUGUCUCCCAAAGCCCCCCGGUCCCCUCACACGCAAGGCUGGAGUCCGGCUCGAGAGGAGGACAGCGCUCAGCCUCUCAACCUGUCGGCGGGACACAGGGAGCGGGCACAGGAGGAGCAGAGAGUACAGAGGAGGAGCAGUUGUAGCUCCGGAGAUGGACUCCCUUCAAAAAACAGAAAGCCCAAAGCGCUGGACAUCUCGACCCCUCCUCUGAUGCUGGCAGGAAGUGACAUCGGCUCCAUCGCUCUCAACAGCCCCGCCCUGCCCUCUGGAUCGCUGACUCCUGCAUUCUUCACUGCACAGACUCCAUCAGGCCUGCUGCUGGCCCACAGUCCACUGCUGUCUGGGAUCCACUUCUGGAGCAGCCUGAGCCCUGUGGCCCCCCUCAGCCCAGCCCGCCUACAGGGGCACAGUUCCCUUUUCCAGUUCCCCAGUCUAAUCAAUGGGCACAUGCAAGUCCCACUGCCGGGGCUGGACGGAAGCCCCUCCUCCUUGCUCCUGUCGCCCUCCACUCACAAGUCCUGA